GUUACCAAAGCGGAGGGAAACCCGAACGCGGAAAAAACCCUAGAAGGUCGUUGGUCGUCUUCCGUUCCCGUUUCCGCGCGCAUUUUUUCUGAGACGCGAGAGAGAGAGAGAGAGAUGAAGAUCGUUGCAGCUUACUUGCUCGCCGUGUUGGGCGGAAAUGCCAACCCAUCAGCUGGCGAUCUGAAGUCCAUCCUUGGUUCAGUUGGUGCGGAAGCUGAAGAUGAUAGGAUAGAUUUUCUAUUGAGUGAAGUGCAAGGCAAAGACAUAACUGAACUUAUUGCUUCUGGAAGGGAAAAGUUUGCUUCUGUCCCAUCAGGUGGUGGUGUUGCUGUUGCAAUGGCUGCUACUGGUGGUGGUGGUGGUGCAGCUGCAGCCCCGGCAGCUGCAGAGCCAAAGAAGGAAGAGAAGGUUGAAGAGAAAGAGGAAUCCGAUGAGGAUAUGGGCUUUAGCUUGUUUGACUAGGUGGCUUCCUUAGUAAUCCGAAGGAAAAGCUAAAAAAUUAGGAUAAGAUGUUCCUGCGAGUCUAAUUGUUGGUUAAUGGAGGAUUUAGUUUUCAUUUUUUCCCUUUUUUCUCACACUUUUUCCUGUUGAGCAGCUUUGAGGCUGUGAUGCAAGAUUGUAUACUGCACAGAGAUUUUUCUAAUCAAAAUUCCUUAUCCUUUUUUGAA